UUGGUAUUUGUUUCUUCCAAUAAACAUGAUUGACAAAUCACAAAAGCAUCAUUUGUUGUUCACCAAUAUUGUUUCCUUACAAAAGAUGCAUUCAUCAGUCACCACUACCCUCCUCUCUUUGUUCUUCAUCCUCUGUUUCAAUGGCCCAACAAUGGUGCAUUCACAAGACACCUUCAACCUUCCUUCUCCUUUACCCAAAUGGCCUCCUGGUGAAGGGUUUGCAAGUGGAAUCAUAGAUUUGGGAGGAUUGCAAGUGAGUUAUGUAACAACAUUCAACAAAAUAUGGGCCACAAAUGAAGGAGGACCCGAUAAUCUUGGGGCAACAUUAUAUGACCCGAUUGCAAUCCCACAAGGAUUUUCAAGUUUAGGAUCUUAUGUCCAACCAAACAAUAUCCCACUUUUUGGGCAUAUUCUUGUGGGGAAAGAUAUAUCAAAUGACCCUUCAAAACCCACUCUAAAAUCACCAAUUGAUUACACUCUUUUGUGGAGUAGUGAGUCUUUAGACAUCAAAAAAGAUGGAGAAGGUUACAUUUGGCUUCCAAUUGCACCCAAGGGCUAUAAGGCGGUCGGGUAUGUACUUAGUGGCUCAUCAACGAAGCCACCACUUGAUAAAGUCAGUUGUGUCCGUGCAGACUUCACGGACACAACAGACAGGACAAGUGUUGUUUUGGAAAAUGAAAAUGACCUUUAUCUCAAUGGGUUGAACUCUUACCAUUCCGUGGGCGGUUUUGUAGUUGGAAAUGGAAGUGUGGCAACUUUGAAGGGUAGUUUAGCUAAUUCGAUGCCAAAUUUGGAUCAAAUCAAAGCAUUGAUUCAAACUUAUUCUCCGGUUAUUUAUUUUCAUCCUGAUGAACAAUACCUUCCCUCAUCAGUCGAUUGGUUUUUUCAAAAUGGUGCAUUGUUAUAUCACAAGGGAGACGAGUCCAAACCGAACCGAGUUGACACAAAUGGGCUUAACCUUCCGCAAGGUGGUUCGAACGAUGACACAUAUUGGCUAGACCUUCCACUUGAUGGUUCAAGCAAAGAUAGAGUCAAGAAAGGCGAUUUACAAGACGCGUGUGCUUAUUUCCAUGUUAAACCCAUGUCGGGGGGACUAUUUACCGAUAUUGCCAUUUGGGUUUUCUACCCUUUUAACGGAGGAUCAAGGGCAAAAGUGAAAUUUCUAACUCUUUCAUUAGGAAAGUUGGGUGAACAUGUUGGUGAUUGGGAACAUGUCACAUUAAGAGUAAGUAACAUCAAUGGGGAGUUAAAUAGUGUCUUCUUUUCACAACAUAGUUGGGGUAAAUGGGUGAGUGCUUCGGCACUUGAGUACCACACGGGCAAUAAACCGGUGGUAUACGCGUCAUUACAUGGGCACGCGUCAUACCCAAAACCCGGGUGUGUCCUGCUUGGCUCAGGAGGCUCGGAUAUUGGUAUUAAAGAUGACACGGCCAAAAGUGAUAAGGUAAUGGAUACGGGCGUUAGGGCGGUGGUGAUCGCGGCUGAGUAUUUGGCGGCGACAAUGGUGGUUGAACCACCAUGGUUAAAUUAUGAGAGAAAAUGGGGUCCUAAAAUUGAUUAUGAUGUUGAUAAAGAAGUUAAGAAAGUGAAGAGUGUGUUGAUGUGGAGAUUAAAGAAAGCAUUUGAGAGAUUAGUGGAGAGUGUACCAAGAGAAUUGUUGGGUGAAGAUGGGCCAACAGGACCAAAAGCUAAAACUAGUUGGAGUGGUGAUGAGGGUGUUUGAUUAAUUGAUAUGAAACUUUAAAGUGGUUGAUAAACCUUAAAAGGUACAUCGAUUUUCAAGAAUAUACAUAUGUUUUUUCUUCUUUUACUAUUAAUAUAACUAUAUAUAUGAUUCCAGUUGGUUCUUCGCU